AGAUUCCAUAUUGCUUGUUUCGUCCAGUCAAUCCUUGAUUCUGCCACUCUAUUCCUGCUUCCAGUCUUCAUAUCGCUACUCAGUUCUCACGACCAAAUUCCAGGGACGUGGCCAGAAACGUUCCAGGUUGCUGUCUCGGAGAUUACAAUAACACACACGUGCACAUAACAAUAUCUUUCAUCCUCCUUUUACUUAUUCAUUGCUUCACUUCGUAGCUGCUGCUGCCUUUCCAUCAGUCCAUUACUCCCUGACAGAGCGUCGCUCCAAUAUAUCGUACGGCAUAUCGCUUAAAUUAUCGUAAAAUAAAGGAAGUAGCAUGUCGUACAGACGAAUAUUGCUGCCGGAGCCUCCGCCAGUCAUAGGAUCGGCCGGAGCACCGGAGAUCUUCGAGCAAGGCGGCACGGCGGCCGUGAUUCGUCGCGCUGUGAUUCUAGGGAAUGGCCACCCUGGCAGCGAGCACCAGAGCCUGGGACUCGUGCGAGCUCUGGGCCUGGGGGGGUCAAUGGAGGUUCAGAGAGUGGUUCGUCCAAAAGCCGGCCUUCACCGAUGGUUACGGUGGUUACCAAUAGAGGCGCACCAAAAGCUAGACGCGUACCUCUCCGUAAGACUAGCGAACUUCUUUCAAACCAUCUCCGCCGUAGUGCUCCGAUUAGCUCUCCUCCCACCCCCUAGACUGUCCCUGCCAGCCCCUGCAUCAACAGCGUCAGGAGCAGCAGCAACAUCAACAUCAACAUCAACAUCAACAGCAGCACCAGCAGCAGCAGCACCAGCAGCAGCAGGAGCAGCCAGAACAGCAACAGCGGCAGCAACAGCAGCAGCAGCACGAACAGCUGCAGCAGGAGCAGCUGCAGCAUAUGCAGAUGUAUGGUCUGAGCCAGGAGCGGGAGCAGCUGCUGCUAGUAACUCAAACCACCAGUCUCCUAUGUUCGUCAACGGCAUCCUAGGUUCGGCAGGCAAGCCCUCAGAUAUUAUUGGUAGCUCUACUAACGCUCGGAACGGCACCACCGCCAAUAGCACCCUCGCCAAUGGCACGCUUUCUGCAUCAUAUCAUACCUCUGACCCCAAUUUUCCUCCUAAUGGAGUGACUCAAAACACACCCAAACCCGUGCUCCUUCCUCGAAGUUCCUCUUCCUCGGUCCAUCGGCCCCGCAUCCUAUCAGAACCCUCCACGUCAGCGUUUCUGCCAGCAGCCGCCCCAGCGGACCCUGCUGCCAUUGCAGCAGAAGCGAACGAGACUCUUGAAAGCGAAGGCCCACUACUCGUAGUAGCAGCGGGCAGGGACACGGCAGCAGCAGCUGCGGAAGUGAAGCGACUAGCCCCCCACUCCACCCUGGUGGUGCAGAUCCAGCAUCCCAGAAACGACCUCCACCAGUACGACCUGGUGGUGGCGCCUCUGCACGACUUCUACGGGCUUACAGCAGCAGCUGGCAGGGAGGUGCACCCCUGGAUACUGAAAUGGAUCGCCCCUGCCCCACCCACCAAGAAUGUGGUAUUGACAACUGGCGCGCUGCACAUAGCGGAGCCCACGCUCCUCCGCUCAGCUGCUGCCACGUGGCACUCCCUCAGCGAAUUCCCCAAGCCACUUGUCGUGGUCAACAUCGGCGGGCCCACACGUCACUGCAGCUACCGCCCGGAUUUGAUUGGACAGCUGGCGUUGACACUCAAAGAAAUGCUGCGGGACUGCCAGGGGUCACUCAGUGUCUCGUUUUCCAGAAGAACGCCUGUGGCGAUGCAGAGAGUGCUCCGCCAUGAGCUCAAGGACCAGGAUGCUGUCUACAUAUGGGAUGGACAAGGUCUGGACCCACACUUGGGCAACCUCGCUUGGGCUGACGCGUUUAUAAUCACGGCUGAUUCUGUCAGCAUGAUCAGCGAAGCGUGCUCCACAGGCAAGCCAGUGUAUGUGGUAGGCGGCGAGCACUGCAAGUGGAAAAUAGCUGAGUUCCACCGAACCCUCCAGCACCGUGGAGCCAUUCGGCCGUUUAACGACAAUGUCAAUCUUGCAAGCACAUGGAGCUACCCCCCAUUGACAGACAAUGUGGAUGUAGCAACGCGUGUCCGCGCGGAAGUAGCCAAGCGCGGAUGGGUCUUGCACCCUCCUUAGUUCUACAUGUGUAGAUAAGGCAGCCUCUAGAGUGAAAAGUUGCUAUGUAUCGUGUACAAUCUGUGAUGUUGUUGGCGAUGAGGGUUAGGUGAUGAAAAAAUUAACGCAAUAGUAAGGUCAUGAUGGAAAGCGUUAUAAGAUACCUACUAGUUGCGAGGUGGAAAGAGAUCUACUAUCA